AUGUCCGCUAUGCUCAUUCAAGUAAAUCUGGGAAUAAAGAACCAAAAUAAAUUUAUCAAAUUUUCAAGCUUAGUGGAAAAUUUCCAAAGGAGAAUUGAUUAUAUUACAGGAUGUUGUGGUUCGACAGAGGAAACUUUGAAGUUUUUACAACUAUUAACAGGUCAAGGAACUUUGACAAUUUAUUCCAUGUAA